UGCUACGCUUGUUGACAAUUUAAGUUAACGCGUUUGAUCCUACUUCCUCGAAGUAUUGUUAUUUCGAGCAGUAAAUUAUUAAUUUAUCUCCUAAUAAUUGUCUUUUUAACUUCAUGAGAGCUGUUUACCAUGUGGAUAGUUAUUAAGGGCUAUAAGACUUGAAUGAAAUUUAACCGAAAUAUUCUUUUAUACGAUUGUUUAUAGGUCAAUAAAUUUAUUUAAUAAUACAGAAAAAAAAAUGUUAGCUCCAGAGCGACCUAACCAGCGGUUUAAUUAUGUGUAUAGUUGUAACAUGAAUUGUAAUUUUAGGAUUAAAAUUGGAACCCUUGAAGGUAAACUACCAAAACCUAGUUACAAAUCUCUAAUCAAUGAUCCUAUUUUAAAAUAUUCUGGAAUGUUUGAAGAAAAAUGCUCUGAUCUUCAUGUAACCUGCCAAGUAUAUGCAGAUAACAAGCCUCUAGCAUUCCCUAUUCAAACAUCAUACAAAGCUUUCACUACUAGGUGGAAUUGGAAUGAAUGGUUAACAUUGCCAGUUAAAAUUUCUGAGCUUCCUAGAAAUGCCUUACUUGCAUUUACAGUAUGGAAUAUACAUGGGCCAAAUAAUAGUGUUCCUGUUGGAGGUGCUACUAUCUCUGUGUUUGGGAAAUAUGGAGCAUUACGACAAGGAAUGCAUGACCUUCGACUAUGGAAUAACCUACAAGCUGAUGGAAGUUUAAAUACUAGAACUCCUGGCAAGACAGAUUGCUCUAAAGAGCAGAUGACAAAAUUGUCAAAGCUAACUAAGAAGCAUCGCAAUGGCCAUAUGAUAAAAGUUGAUUGGCUAGAUAGAUUAACUUUCAGGGAGAUUGAAUUAAUAAACGAAAAAGAAAAGCGUUCUUCAAAUUUUAUGUUUCUCAUGAUAGAGUUUCCAAGAAUAAUUGCAUAUGGAGUGGAAUAUACUGUUGUAUAUUUUGAAGAGGAUGGGGAAGCACUUUGUAGUAGCAACAACAGCAAUGAACUAGUUAUGGUACCCGAUCCAGAAAUAACUGCUCAAAAUUUAGUAGAAGCAAAGCAUCAUAAAUUAGCCAGAAGUAUCCGUAGUGGUCCCAGUGACAAAGAUUUAAAACCUAAUGCUGACACACGUGAUCAGUUAACUGCUAUUUUAAAUUAUCCACCCACGAAAUCGCUCUCAUCAGAAGAGCAAGAUCUAGUCUGGAAGUUUCGCUUUUAUCUAACAAAUCAAAAGAAGGCUCUAACAAAAUUCUUAAAGUGUGUUAACUGGAAAAUACCAAGUGAAGAGAAGCAAGCUUUAGAUUUGCUUGGUCGAUGGCAAGCAAUGGAUGUUGAAGAUGCAUUGGAAUUACUCUCACCUCAGUAUACUCAUCCAAUUAUUCGAAAAUAUGCUGUAACACGUCUAAAACAGGCACCUGAUGAGGACCUCUUAAUGUAUUUAUUGCAAUUAGUUCAAGCUCUUAAGUAUGAAAAUUUUGAAGAAAUUAAGAGAAGUUUGUCAAAAUCUAUGACUGAUUCGAGUGAUUCUUCUGAAAAAGAGAGAUCAUUUUCAACUCAGAGUGAUUCUGAAAAAUUUGAGACCACAAAUGAACAUGUGAAAGGAUCAUCAUUCACUUCUCAGUCAGAGCAAAGUUCACUGGAGGAACCAUUUGCUGCAUUAGGAACUCUUGAUUGUGAUCUUGCAACAUUUUUGAUAAAUAGAGCUUGUGCUAAUGAAAUGCUGGCAAAUUAUUUUUACUGGUACCUGUUCAUUGAAGUUGAUGAGCCUGAUAAUGUUGCUAAAGAUUCUAAAACUCGAGAAAUGUAUAAGAUAGUAAUGAAGAGGUUUAGUCUCACCCUUCAAAAUGGUGAUAUAGAGUACAAAAAACGAAAAGACCUUUUAUUUCGGCAGCAAGAUUUCGUAGAUAAGUUGUUAACACUUUUGAAAACCGUUGCUAGAGAAAGUGGAGGGAGACGAAAAAAGACUGAGAGACUUCAGGCUUUGCUACACGACAGAGAAAUUUAUAAAAUAAACUUUACAAACUUUGAUCCUCUUCCAUUACCAUUAGAUCCUACAGUUAAAGUGAAAGGAAUUAUACCUGAGAAAACUACUCUUUUUAAAAGUGCUCUCAUGCCAACUCGCUUAACAUUUUUGACUGUUGAUGACAAAGAAUAUGUGACUAUUUUUAAAUUGGGUGAUGAUUUGAGACAAGAUCAACUAAUUUUACAAACAAUAUCACUGAUGGAUAAGUUGUUAAGGAAAGAAAACCUCGACUUGAAGCUUACACCAUACAGUGUGCUUGCAUGCAGCAGUAAACAUGGAUUUGUUCAGUAUAUUGAAUCUGUAUCAGUAAAUUCAAUUUUGGAUGAACACAAGGAUCUUCAGAGUUAUCUUCGUGUUCAUGCUCCUUCAGAAAAUGGUCCAUAUGGCAUUUCCCAUGAAGUUAUGGAUAAUUAUGUUAAAUCAUGUGCUGGAUAUUGUGUUAUUACGUAUCUUCUUGGGGUGGGUGAUAGACAUUUAGACAACCUGCUCUUAACAAUGAGUGGUAAACUUUUUCAUAUUGAUUUUGGGUAUAUUCUUGGAAGAGAUCCUAAACCUUUACCUCCUCCAAUGAAAUUAAGUAAAGAAAUGGUUGAGGCCAUGGGAGGUAUACAUUCUGAACACUAUCAAGAAUUCCGUAAACUCUGUUAUACCUCAUUUCUGCAUCUGCGGAGGCAUGCAAACCUGAUUCUGAAUUUAUUUUCUCUUAUGGUGGAUGCAAGUGUUCCAGACAUUGCUCUAGAACCCGACAAAACAGUGAAAAAGGUACAGGAUAAAUUUCGAUUAGAUCUACCCGAUGAAGAAGCAGUUCAUUUCAUUCAAAAUAUUAUCGAUGAAAGUGUAACUGCAGUCAUGCCUGUAGUUGUUGAGCAAAUUCACAGGAUAGCUCAAUACUGGAGAAGAUAAGAAGACUGAUGCCAUCAGUAAUAUUUUUCCUUAUUAAGGUAUAUAUUCACGACUCAAAUGUGAUAUGUAUUUAUAAACUCUUCAGUCUGUGAACAACCUAUAUAACUGUUUGGAAUUUUGUAUUUACUGUGAAAAUUUGCCAAAUAUAUUUUUAAAUAAAUAUUUAUAAAUUUAAUA